GUAUAGGGGUAAUAAACUGGAGGGCAGACGUCUCUUCUCUCCUCCUCCGCAGUGCACUUGCAUCCUAGCAGCACUCCGGGCAGGACUGUCUCCUCCUCCUCCUCCUCCUCCUCCUCUUCUCUCUUCUUCUUCUUCUUGUUCUUCUUCUGUGUGGGGGUCCUGCGGGCUGCACCGACGGCUUCUUCUGAGUCCAGUCCAGUGAUGGUGCGGACGCAUUGAUAAAAGUGGGAAUACGAUGAGCACUCCUGCUGUGCGGCUCUUCUCCUCCUCCUGCUCCUCAUAGCGCUGCCUUCUUUGCGCCAGAUCCGUUUCUGCGGGACUCCAGCAGGCGACGCAGGAUGACGACCACCUGGUCGCUGGUGAUCGUGUGCGCUUCCGUGGUGUUGGCGUUGGCGUCCAAGACGGAGCGGGCGGUGCAGGUCCCCUGUGAGUCCGGCCUGUACGCCGGCAACGGAGAAUGCUGCGAGGAGUGUCCGCCCGGAGAGGGAGUGGUGAAGAAGUGUGGCGCCACGCAGACCGUCUGCUCACAGUGUCUGGACAGCGAGACCUUCUCGGAGAACUACAGCGCCUCGGAGCAGUGCCGGCCCUGCACCGAGUGCACGGGCCUGAUGCGGAUGGAGACGCCGUGCACCGACUCCAACGACGCCAUCUGCGUCUGCAACUACAACUACUUCUUCGACGCCAUGUCGGGCAAGUGCGAGCCGUGCACGGUGUGCCCGCUGGGCCAGGGCGUGUACGCCCACUGCGAACACGGCCACGACACGGUGUGCGAGGAGUGCCUGGACGACACCUACUCCGACCGGGAGAGCUCCCUCGACCCCUGCCUGCCCUGCACCAUCUGCGACGAGGGCAGCGAGAUAGAGCUGGCUGAGUGCACGCCGAUGGGCGACUCCGUCUGUCACAAUCCUCUCCUCCCAACAUAUUUCACACCCACCUCGGACAUGGACCCGUCUCCACCCUCCUUCACCAAUUCUUUCCUGCCGGAUGGCUCAGACGGCCCGUUGCCAGGAGAGACCACCACUUCCAGCGCCGGGUCUCCGCGCUUCCUCGGCCACGGGUUCAACGAGAACCUCAUCCCCAUCUACUGCUCCAUCCUGGCCGCCGUGGUGGUGGGCUUCGUGGCCUACAUCGUUUUUAAGAGGUGGAACAGCUGCAAGCAGAACAAACAGGCGGCUAACAACCGCGCGGCUACAAACAACCAGAUGGUGACACCGGAGGGGGAGAAGCUGCACAGCGACAGCGGCAUCUCGGUGGACAGUCAGAGUCUGCAGGAGCAGCAUCAGCAGGCGCAGGCCGACGUGCAGGCUCAGCCCUCACACUCACGCACACAGGAGCAGAUUGUGGUGAGGGUGGACGGCGGCCCCCAGCCGGACACGCAUCCCCCGGAAGUCUGAGGAAGAGGAGGAGGAGGAAGAAGAGGAGGCAGGAGGUGUCAGAAGACAGGGGGAGGAGAGUGGAGAAUUGAACUGAGGACCAGCGAGAAAUCCCCGGGGAGGGGAGAGGGAAUCCUAUCCGAAGUGGCCGCAGAGGCAAAUACUCUGCUGGACUUGAACGGAACCCCUGAACUUUUUCGGGCCGGUGUGACUCUUCAUCCCUGCAAGUCCAGCUCUGUCAAUCAUUGUGUGUGCCUGGACACGACCCCCCCCCCCACACCAGCCCUCCGGCAAUGUCAGCCACUACCUGGACCAACGUGGAUGCACAUACAUAAACACAGAUAUAUGCCAGUUCAUCUCGUAUUAACGGACUAUUCCAGCAUUAAUGAUGAGAUGGUUCUCACUAACUGCCAACUUUGUUUCUCAACCCUUAAAUUUCUCCUUACCUCCAUAAUCACUAUCCAUGAAAUAUGUGUGCCUGGAAAGGUAAA